AUGGAUUCAUUAAGCGAAAGCGUCGAACAAUUAUAUCCGAGAGAUAUUGUGCAAUAUUUAGAAAUAAUUGCUUUCAGUCGAAAUAAUAAUGAAAAGAGUGAAUUGAAUGAAAUACAAGAAAAAUGCUUGGAAGAAUGCAGUAAUAAUGAAUUGCUUUUACUCAAUUUUGAUAAUAGCAGUCGAUUAGUUGAAGAGAUAUUCAAAGGAUACAGACCAGCAGCUGUGCAAUGGAUGAAAGCUUUUAUGAAAAUAAAAAAGAUUAAACAGUUACAUUUAUUGUACCAAGGUGCUGCAUGUCGUACGCUUGAGACAUUUCUUUAUGCAUUAUCUCCUGAUUAUGAUUCGGAAAUAAUCAAUCAUUUAAUAGAACUUGUCACUGAUAAGUGGAACGAUCUUAUUAUUGAUAAAAGCGCUAGCCGUUUUAUAAGAUCGCUAAUGCGUUACACUGUUGGAUUACCAAGAUUUACUGAUGUUGAUACGAACAAACGAAAAUGUGAUAAAAAAGAGCAUAAGAGGAUUAAGAAGGUAGCAGAUCGUAAUAAAUCUUUGGUUAUGAAGCAGAAUAACAUAAAUAAUGAUGAAGUAUCAUUGAUUGUGCAAGAUGCCGUUGAAUGUGAUGCAAUUGCUAAAACAGGUUUUGUUCUAAAUUUCGCUAUGAAAGGUUUGGAAAAGCCGAAUGAUACUCUUUUGCAGUUGAAAGGGAAAUGUUCUUCUCGCGUUUGGCAGAAAAUUUUUGAUGUGGUUGAUGAAGAUAUGCGGCAGUCGUUUUUUCAUUCAGUUCUCGAAGGGCAGUUAUGUGAUUUGGCAUGUCAUAAGUUUGCGAAUUAUGUUAUUCAAAAUUUUAUUUUAUCAGCUUCUAGUGAGGAAUUGAUUGUUGAUAUUUUUGAUGAAUUAUUGAAAGAUAUUUCGGUGAUAUUUGAUAAUGGGAAAUGGUCAGUGAUAAAUGCCCUUGCUGUUGCGGCAUGUAAAUGCAAUAUAUAUCAAGAGGAGUUUUUGGAAAAUAUAAAAUUAUAUUUUGGUUGUAAUACAGAAGAAACGGCUAAAUUUUUUGUUCCAAGAGUUAUUACGCUACAAAAUGAUUUAAUUAUUGAUGAAGUCGUGCAAAGUAUUCGAUUCAAUACUUCUCUAAGUAAUCGGCUUGGAUCUGUCCUUUUACAAACUUUGUUAAAUUUUGAUUGUAAUGCUAUCAUCAUUCAUUCAUUGGUCUCGUUAUCAAAAGAUUGCUUUAUGGAAUUAUGCAAAAAUGCUCCUGGUGCAUAUUUCCUUGGAUUAUUUAUUAGUUGCCGAUCCGUCCCCAAAAAAAAGAAAGAAAAGAUAGGAUUAAAGUCAAAGGAUAGUUUGAUUGAUAUGAUUUCUGACCGAUGUGCAAGUCACGUUUUCGAUGCAUUUUGGGAUAGCGGAUUGUUGAAAAUGGAUCUUAAAGAAAAAAUUAUGAAUUAUCUGCGUUCAAAUCCUAGAAUGGUCGUCAAAUCAAAAACAGGUCACGCAAUUAUGGAAAAAUUAAAUUUGCGUGGAUAUAAAGAAAAUCCUAAGAAGUGGCUUAAGCAAGAGGCUGCACGCAUGAAAACCAUUAAGCUCUAA